AUGCCUGAAACGUACAUUGUCCGCUUCAAGGUGCUGGCGCUGGAGUGCACCUCCAUGCCUAACGGGCAGCAGUACACCAUCACGUACCGUCGUGGCGAGACGUACCGCUCCACUCCGUGUUACAUCGCGGAGGACGGCGUUGUGAACUUCAGCCCGAUGCCGGAGGGUGCUGCGAUUCUGCACUUCAAGAGCGGUGGGCCACGCUUCCUGCCCAAGUGGAUCACGUUUCGCGUGGAGGAGUACACGCGCGGCCGCCCGCGCAAACCUGUCGGGGAAACGCAACUAGAUUGCUCCGAGGUGCUCGGGCUGCGCAGCAUCACCGCGUCGGCCACUCGGCGCGUGACUUUCGACAUGUACGGUACGCCCGCGCAGAUGGUGGUGGCGGUGCUGCUGUACCCUGAGGGCCACGCCGCGCUCUCCUUCGGCAACCUCCUCCAGUCUUCAUCGGCGUCGUCUUCGCCGCCGGUGGGUACAGCAGGAAAGGCCAGGCAGCAGCAGCAGCAGCAGCAGAAUCUGCGGGGAAACGGCGAGAUAAAGCACAUGGCACGUGGUGAGGCGAUGACGCUGCUCAUCUCUCUCGAGGCGAUGCUUGAGCGCCGCCGUGCCGAAAGUGCGGCGGGGAAAAGUGACGAAUCUCCCCUGCAGAGGCGCCUUGCAGAACUUGAGGAGCGGCGGCGUGCCCUUACCGGUGUGGAGGGCAUGGCCACAACUGUGGUGACGCAGCGCGUGGAGGACGUGGUAUCGGCGCAGUUCCUCGCGCUUUCCCGCAUGUGUCGCGCGAACUACGUGGGAGAAGUCGCUGCUUACCUGCGUCAGGUGGCCGUUACCAGUGGGGUGCCCCUCACAUAUGAUAUUUCAGAGGAUGCAAUAGCGGACACAGAAUCUGCGCGGGAGCGGCUGCAGCGCAUUAAUGCCCGUAUAGAUACGCUGAUGCAACAGGUGCGUAAGCUGGAGGAGGAGCAGGAGGCCCUCGGACGUAUGCAGGGUCGUGCCGACGUGACGAACGAAUUAUGCGCCAUCUUGACCAAAGUUGAAACGCUGCAGUCGCAGAUUCAAUUGCUGAUAAGGUCGCGCGUUUCGCUUGAGGAUGUGGUGCGUGGGAAAGGCAUUGGCAGCACCCCGAUCGGCUGCGAGGUAAAGGAGAUACGUGACCGCCUUCGCACCCUCACCUCGGAGGAGCAGGAGUUGCGGGAGAGGAUACGUCGCAUGACAGCCGUCGCUGCCAAGCACGUGCUAAAAUGGGCGCGUGGCAAAAAUCCCCCCAUUGAGGAUGUUCGCACCGACCUCUCAACUCUGUUUGCGCAGGCGCCGGCUAUGCCGGCGACAGUUCAGAAAGAGGUCAAUGCUGAGCAGCGACGCCAAAUCAUGGAGGCGUUGGCGAAUGUAGCUGAAAAACCAACCACGCAGGCCCGCUCGGGCACCUCAAGCGACGCGGAGGGCGAGGCAAAGCCUCCACGGGAAGAUUUGUUCGGCGCCACGGGACUUCCGUCAAUGAACGACUUUGACGGCCAAGAGAGAAAGGCAAAAAGUGGUGAGACCAGCGCGAAGCCGGCAGAAAAGCACGCCGACCCAUUCAUGGCGGGUCUGAGAAGCGAUAUGUUUGAAUCGAGCCCACAGCAUGAGCAACGGAAAGGGGAAGACAAGCCGAAACUCCCCGUGUUUGACUUCGGUGCCACAGAAGACGGUGAUGGCGAAGCGGCAGAUACGAAAGGCUAUGCAGUCGGUCUUUUCGCAAGCGGCACACAGGAGAACGCGCUCGCCUCGAGUGGCGCACCGGCUAUUCAGGUGGUCUCCAUCGAUGACGAUCCAAUGUAUGACUUCCGACCACCACCGGACGUUGCCAACACGAAGCCGAUCACCUUUGAGAUUGAUGACUCGUCCUUCCAUCAGGCAGUUGCCGAGUUUGGCGCUGUGAAGCCGCCAAUGUACUCGUUUGGCUCGGAAAGUCAACCGGCUGACGGCGCGAAGGGCAGCGGCCCGGCAGCGCUGCCAACGUACAACUUCGGCUCUGAUUCUGCAACGAAGAACUCGGGUAGCGGCAGUGCGGCAGGACUGCCGUUGUACAACUUCGGUAGCUGA